AUGCUCGAAAUGGUUGUAGGUCGGGUUGAGGCAAGGAAAAAGGGCUGGCAUGAGCAUCCGAAGAGGAGAGGUGAUGAAGGAGGCUAUGUUGUAUGGAGCUUAAGAGGAGAAGAAAGUUAUAAGUUGUAUGGGUUACUUUUUGGGGUACGAGUAGUGUGGAUGAAAGAGGAAAAUGAGGCUGAAACUUACAUCGGGAAAAGGAAUGAAGGUUUUUUAGAUGAGAAAGCUCGUGAUGGGGGUAGGCGAGCUGGAAGGUUUUUGGAGAAAGUAAUGGUGAAUAGUAAAAAGUCUCAAAAAAUGCAUAGAAGUGGGUUUUUAUAG